GCACGAGGUCAGGGGUCGUCAUGUCAAAAGACGGAAUGUCAUUGUUCUGUCAUAAUUGACAUCCUAUUCUAUAUAUAGUGCACUACUUUGGCACCCUAUUCUAUAUAUAUAGUGCACUACUUUGACACCCUAUUCUAUAUAUAGUGCACUACUUUGGUACCCAAUUCUAUAUGUAGAGCCCUACCUUGGUACCCUAUUCUAUAUAUAGUGCACUACUUUGACACCCUAUUCUAUAUAUAGUGCACUACUUUGGGACGCAAUUCUAUAUGUAGAGCCCUACUUUGUUACCCUAUUGUAUGUAUAGUGCACUACUUUGUACCCUACACUUUGGUACCCUAUUCUACAUAUAGUGCACUACUUUUGACCAGGACCUAUAGGGCAGUAUGUAGGAAAUGGGCACUGGUCCAAACUAGUGCACUAGUAGGCAAAAGGGUACAAUUUGGGAAGCCUGCAUAGUGUGAUAAUAACAAACACAGAAUGCCAUUAUCACCAUCCAGCCAGUCCCGGCCUGCACCGGCCACUCCCGGCCAGCCCCGGGCCAAUCCAGGCCAGUCCCAGUCAGUCCCAACCAGUCCUGUUCAGCCCCGGGAAGUCCCAGCCAAUCCAUGCCAGCCCCGGCCUGCCGCGGCCAGUCCCAGUCAGUCCCAGCCAAUCAAGGCCAGUCCCGGCCAGUCCCAGUCAGUCCCUGUCAGUCCCGGCCAGUCCCAGUCAGUCCCAGUCAGUCCCAGCCAAUCCAGGCCAGUCCCGGCCAGUCCCAGUCAGUCCCUGUCAGUCCCGGCCAGUCCCAGUCAGUCCCAGUCAGUCCCAGCCAAUCCAGGCCAGUCCCGGCCAGUCCCAGUCAGUCCCUGUCAGUCCCGGCCAGUCCCAGUCAGUCCCAGUCAGUCCCAGCCAGUCCCAGUCAGUCCCAGUCAGUCCCAGUCAGUCCCCAAUCAGUCCCGGCCAGUCCCAGUCAGUCCCAGUCAGUCCCAGUCAGUCCCAGCCAGUCCAGGCCAGUCCCAGUCAGUCCCAGUCAGUCCCAGUCAGUCCCAGCCAGUCCAGGCCAGUCCCAGUCAGUCCCAGUCCCAGUCAGUCCCCAAUCAGUCCCGGCCAGUCCCAGUCAGUCCCAGUCAGUCCCAGUCAGUCCCAGCCAGUCCAGGCCAGUCCCAGUCAGUCCCAGUCAGUCCCAAUCAGUCCCGGCCAGUCCCAGUCAGUCCCAGUCAGUCCCAGUCAGUCCCAGCCAGUCCAGGCCAGUCCCAGUCAGUCCCAGUCAGUCCCAGUCAGUCCCAGCCAGUCCAGGCCAGUCCCAGUCAGUUCCCAGUCGGUCCCAGUCAGUCCCAGCCAGUCCCGGCCAGUCCCGGCCAGUCCCAGUCAGUCCCAGUCAAUCCCAGCCAGUCCCAGCCAAUCCCAGCCAGUCCCCAGUCAGUCCCAGCCAGUCCCCAGUCAGUCCUAGCCCCACCACUAUGAUCUGUGACUCUUGUUGACCGCUCUUUCCCUGGGCCCCGAUCUCACAGCACUGCAGCCCACUGUAUAACCACAUCAAUGUCAUUUAUACUGUAAAUAAGAUAUGUUUUUAUGGAAAUGGAAACUCCUGGUAAUCUUUAAUGUGAUGUUUUAUGCAAAAACAAAAUAAAUGGACCUUUUUUUUUGUUUCUUUGUUGUUUUCCUCGUCUUUUAUUUGUAUUUAUUUUUUGCUUGUUGUAUGUAAUGUCAUAAUAAUUCUGAUCUGAAAUCAGUCCCAAGGUGUCUACAGUACUCUAUAACCCUGUUUUAUGAAAAUGCGACUGUUUACAUCUAUCUUUAGGAAUUUCAUAAUAAAUGGUUCAAACGA